AUGUUGCACGAAGUUCAUCAAGGCAUGUCGGCAAUGAAAGCAGUUGCGCGAAGCUAUUUUUGGUGGCCUGGUUUAGAUGAAGGGAUAGAAAUGUUAGCCAGACGUUGUGAAAAGUGUGCAUGUAACAAAAAGAAUCCUCCAGUAGCAGCAGGUAAACCAUGGCCAGCAACACUAAGGCCAUGGUCCCGGUUACAUAUUGAUUAUGCGGGACCCUUUAUGGGUAUAAAUUUUUUUAUCGUCGUAGAUGCUCAUAGCAAGUGGGUAGAGGUAAAAAUAACCAGUACAAUAAAUGCGAUUAGAACAAUUGAGUUAAUGAGAGAAAUAUUUGCAACACACGGAAUACCAGAUACCAUUGUGUCCGAUAAUGGGCGAACGUUUGUGUCAGAAGAAUUUGAGAAAUAUUUAAAACUUAGCGGUAUAAAGCACAUACGUACGGCACCGUAUCAUCCAUCGUCAAACGAGCAAGCAGAAAGUAACAUAUUGUCGAGACAUAUUGACCAGUUGCAUAAGCGAGUUUCGGAGACGCCGACAAGUUUAAAAUCCAAUAUAACUCCAGUAGCAGUAACUUCAGUGGCACAAUCGGAAGAGCAAGACGACCAAGUAAGUGCAGGUCAUUCAUCAAAUGAAUAUAUCCUACCAGAUAGUCAAGUAGAGAGGUCAUUAGAAGAAAAAGAUAAAAGAGAUGAAACAUUAAAAUCGCGACCGUACCGGCAGAGGCAACCGCCAAAAAGGUUACGGGACUAUUUGAUGGGGGAGGAACUGUAG